CAACUUUCCAAGUCUCAAUACCAACUUGAUCCAGUAGACUCGGUGAUUGAGAACAAUUCUCUUUUCUUUUUUGGUCUCCUCAUCGUUGCAGGCGAAUCCAGUUUCAAAGCGACAUUCAGCUUUCUGGAGGAGAAUCAGCCUACGCGACGAACCUACCUACCUUGAGCUUGGGGGGAGUCAAUUCUCUCUCUCGCGGGCUUCACUCACUCACUCACUCACCAAGCUCGCAAGAGCAUAUGUCAUGAGAGCUCCAUCUGUAGACCUUCUCAGGGUCUUGCGCCUAGCUACUACAUCAACACCUUCCUCAUCGUUACGAAUCUCUCGGACCUCUACCGGCGGUUUCUGCGCAUCAUCAUCAUCAUCAUCAUCGUCACCUGUUCUGACUUCCUCACACUCACCUCGUCCAUUUUCGACAUGCAUGGUUCGUAAUGCAUCUCAACCUCAAUCUUCGUCCACGAGGCGCCGCCCCGUUCGAGACGUAUCCUCGAAUUCUACCUCGGUCGGAAGUACAGGGGCAGGCGCAGGCGCGGGCUCGACGACCGGUACAUUGGAAAAUGCAAGUACGAGCACGAGUCUGAACCGUAUCAACCCAAAAGCCCCCAAGUCUCACGACCGAGGUCCGGCUUCGACCGAAGACACUCAGACCGACUUUUCCGCCAUGGACAUACUCACGAGUUCGGGCGUGGCGGUCCCGGCGACGGCCAUUGACGCCUGCACACGCGACGGUUUCCAUUUGAACAACGGUACGCAAACCCACGGGGGGGUGGGUGUGAUGUUGUUGGACGGUGAGACUUUUGUCUGGACACCGUGGGGUACGACCGUCGACACGACGACGACGAGUACGGAGACCACCAGGGGACGAGAAGAGAGAUUUUCGACGUUCCUGUCCAGACGUGGCACCCUCGGUCUACCCCCUUCGUCGUUGGGGGUCCUGGGUUUGUUGUACCCGAAACCGGACCUGCUCAUCGUCGGCACCGGGGAAAAGUUGUGGAUGUUGAGCAAGGAAACUCGGAAACACAUCUUCGAGGACCUGGGCAUCAAGGUGGACGUCAUGGACACACCCAACGCCGCCGCCGCUUACAAUCUGCUCGCCACGGAAAGAGGCGUCGAUCAGGUCGCGGCCUUGAUGAUCCCUUUGGGAUUCAGGGGGUUGUGAACUUUUUGGUUUUUUUUUUCAAAUGUACUGUACACUCGUGUACUCGUAUAGUCGUACUAUUGAGUACCCAGUAAGUAGUAUUGCUUUCGCUUACCAACGGAGUAUCUCGAGAGUAGACCAUACUGAUAUAACUUGCCUCGACAAGGAUACGAGUGAACGAGUACAAAUCAUUCUCAAUAUUUCGUUAAUCAAUAUCACAAGUCA